AUAGCAAGGAGAAAAACACUGGCAUUGACCUAAAAGGUUACUGGACAACCAAAAAAGGUCUCCUCGUAAACCUUAGGAAAGAGCUUCGCAUUUAAUGUCUCCAAGUUUCUUAUUUAAAAUUUUUUUAUCCUGUACCAAGUAAAAGCGCACGACUUUCUCUGUGCUAUCUUCACGGUAGCUCGAAACAUCGUCUCUUCGCACAGAGGGCUCACCAAUACAAGCAUGAGGACGACUGUUAUACGCCCAUGGCUGGGGCUGCUCCUUGUCGCGGUCUGUAUAAGCCUUACCUGCGCAGCACCAUAUCGGACCAUACCAUACGACCAUGAUGACGCAGAGAAAAGGCACGAACAACCGCAAACGAAGUUGACUGAAAGAGAAGGUUCCUCGGGUAAUGCAAGACAGUCAGCCGAGGCCAGUGAAUCAGAAGAGGAGUACGACUCGAAAGAUGAUGAUGAUGGAGAUGACUCCGUUGAUGCAAGUGACUCGAGCGACGACAGUGAAACGGAAGAGGAGGAAGAUUCGGAUGAGGAAGAUGAUGAAGGUUCAACCGGUGAUGAUUCGACCAACGACAGUGAAUCGGAUGAGGAGGAAGGGUCGGACGAGGAAGGAGACGGAUCCGGUGAUGACUCGACCGCCGACAAUGAAUCGGAAGAGGAGGAAGAGUCGGACGAGGAAGGUGACGGAGGUUCCUCCGGUGACGACUCGACCGACGACAGUGAAUCGGAAGAGGAGGAAGAGUCGGACGAGGAGGAAGGUGACGGAUCCGGUGAUGGUUCGACCGACGACAGUGAAUCGGAAGAGGAGGAAGAGUCGGACGAGGAGGAAGGAGACGGAUCCGGUGAUUACUCGACCGCUGACAGUGAAUCGGAAGAGGAGGAAGAGUCGGACGAGGAAGGUGACGGAGGUUCAUCCGGUGGUAGUAGUGGCUCUUAUCAAUCUAGUGACCGAUAAUACAAUGAGUACUUAUGUUAAGGAUUAUAAUUGAGCUUACUCCAAUGAUGAGAUGGGCAACUAGUAAACGAGGAAUGAAAAAGAAAAUAUUUGGCAGACUGUAGCACAAUAAUACUCCAGGAAAGAUUUACACCUCAGGACAAUUAUGUUUACAUUCUACCUAAAUAUAUAGGCACAUUGAAUUUCGCCUUGAACACACCAUACAAGAAAUAUGCUUUACAAUAACAGAUAGCCUCUUUUUGGUCCAAAACCCCCCUGAAUAGACUAUUAACCUUCAAUAAAUGUUGUGCUCCCAUU